CCAUCGGUUAGUGAUCGAACAGUGGCUGAACGCGGAAAUUGUAGAAAAAGUGGGAAAAAGGCUGAAAAGCAGUUUAUUACCAUGUUGAAGUUUGCGAUUUUCUUUGCACUGGCCCUCGUGGCGUCCGCCCAGCACGGACAUGGAUACCACAACAAUCCGCAGACCGCCGCCAUCAUCAGCGAACAGAGAUACUUGUCCGGCGACGGGAAGUUCGGCGCUGCCUACACACAAGAGGACGGCAUUGACUUCAAGGAAGAGACCGACGCUGACGGCAACCGCCACGGUUCCUACAGUUACAUUGACCCCACUGGCCAGAAGAGAACUAUUUCCUACACCGCGGGAAAAGAUGGAUUCCGUGCAAGUGGUGAUCACUUGCCCGUGGCUCCAGCUGCCCCGCAACAGCACGCCCCACAGCCUCACUACCAGCCCCAGCCACAGUACCAGCCCUCUUACGCGCAGCCCCAGCCACAGUACCACUCCGCGCGCAGCGACGACUACGAUGACGGAUCCUACGAUCCUCGUUACAACGACCCAGGCUUCGGCCAGAACGCCGCCUACCAUCAGGCCCCGGCCCCAGCUCCAGUCCACCACCACCACCACGCCGCCGCGGCCCCAACCCACCCCCCACUGCCCACCCACCCCCCAAGCGUGCAGCAGCAGAUCCAGCACGCGCACCAGUUCCACCAGAACCUGCCCCAGCAGCCCACCCACUACCACACCACCCCGCCACCACACCGCUUCCAGCCACCCGGCAAGCUCUCCCUCAACCGCACCCCCGACGGCUACAGCUACUCCUUCAACAAGGUCUAGAUUUCCCUCUCUUCCCACCUCCCAAUCUAUCUCUCCCCUAAUUUAUGUGCCUCAUUAACACCUUCUUUUCUUCCAAUCUUCACCCUCUAUCAUCCCACAACUCUCUCCUCCUCUUCUAUCACCCCCAAACAGCCGGCUCCAACGAGAUAAACCUUGUGAUAUGAGUUCGCGCGCAGUUGUGACGGAAGCAAUAUUGAUAUACUCGUGUACUUUAUGAUACCGAACACUGUAGAAGAGGACUGUGUGUAUGAGCCUAUGCCUCACGAGCAUCACGUGUAUAGAGACAAAAUAAAGAGGAUGCGUGUAU